CUGAUCCCUCUAAAUGGAAGAAGAACAGAAGAGAAGUGAAAGCUCUGAGAAUGGAGAAAGGAAAGAAGAACAAGAGAAAGAAGAAAAACUUUUGAGAUUACUGGAUUCAACAGAUGACUAUCUUACUUUAUGUGAUUCCCUCUCGUCAACUCUUCGCCAGGGAUGGUUCGAGCUAGCCAGUGCACGGCACUCAAUGGGUACUUCACGUGUUACUAGUACGUUAUUUGAUCACAAGUUGCAUCCUGCUGCCACCACGUUGCGGGUGGCCCGAGUUCACGACGAGUCUCCUUCAACAGAUCCCAUGUUGGAGCAACCACAUUUUACACUAUUGAAAUGGGCAAGUUCUCACGACGAAAUGAGUUCUCCAAGUGCUAAACAAAUGGAUGGAGAUGAGUUGGAUAGGAAGUCAAACAGUCCACAACUACGACGACGAGGCACAACCCAAGUUUCUGAAGCUGACAAGGAACAACUGGCAAGUAAUAUGUCUUCUCUUAGUGUUGAUGAUCAAGUUGAGAAGGAGCGGUCCAAAUCAUUAUCAGUUUUUGGUACUUUGGUUUCUCCCAAACUCCGAUCUGCUCAGGUUUCCUUCGAGACAGCACUUGAGACACUUGUAAAAGUAGCAAACAUGCGGUCUUUACUUUUAUCCACUUAUGCUGAAGUCAAGAAUGAUGUAAACAGUACCAAAGAGUGAUGUUCACCUGUAGUAGCAUUACGACCGGCUGCCUGUACACAAUGAAAUACACAUGGACAAGUGCGUAUUCACGUUUCCAACAUGAAUUAAUGCACCAAUUCAAGAGCGAUGUCAGAGGAUCCUUCUGUGGUCCUAACAAGCAUUGUCUUGGACUGUUGGACAUUAUAAUGGGGUCGCAUAGUUUUUGGUUGAGACUACUCUGUGUACCCUUAUAUUGUCAAGAGCAUUAAGUGAGAGUGGGAAGCCUAAAAGAAAAUAGGACCAUAGAGUUUCUGCUCUAAGACCGAGAGACCAUGACCAUGAAAUUAAAGUGGAAGUGGAAUUCAUGUCUAUUAUUUGAUGGGAUCUUCUUUUUUUUCUACGAGUUAUUGUUUGGUAGACUACUUUUGGUGGCAUGGAGACCUUAAUCCUAUUAUUACUAAUAAUCAUUUUUGUUCUCCUAAUAUAUUUGGUUGUCUUUAUCAAUA